CCGGGAGCGCCAUGAUGACGUCAUCGAGACGGGGCCCUCCCAGCCAAUCAGAUUGUGCGGACGUCAAGACAUCAUGCCGUCGGUCAUGGACCAGGAGGUUAAAUCCAGCUGGGCAGAUGAAGUGGAAGAAGGAGAUGGAGGUAUCCUUCCACCUCCAAGUGAAACAGUUGAGAAUGGGAUCAAGACCGUGGUGGAAUACAGCAUUAACGAAGAUGGGAAGAGAGUGAAGAUCGUACGGCAAUACAAGAUCGAGAAUCGCCGGGUGCUGAAGUCUGUGGCUCGAAGAAAGAACCUGCAGAAGUUCGGCCAGGCUCGAGGAGACAAGCCGGGGCCAAACCCGGCGAACACAAUCAACGCCGAGGAGGUCUUCAUGCAGUUCAUCACUGCAAAGGACCUCGAGGAGAACCAAGACGACGAUCCCCUGGCGAAGCUGAAGAACAAGAAGGGCCUGGUGAAGUGUCGAUAUUGCGAUCAGGAUCACUGGACCACCCAGUGCCCCUACAAGGAUUCCCUUGCACCCAUCAAGUCUGCCCUUGAAGAGCAGAAGCCUGCCCCUGCUCUGGAAGGGGGGGACAAGGGACAGGCCAAGCCAGGAAAAUACAUCAGCCCGGCCCUCAGAGGAGAGAGGAAGCCCGGAGAGUCCAUGUCGAGAAAAGACGACCUGCCCACCAUCAGGGUCACGAAUCUGUCGGAGAGCACGAGGGAGACCGACCUGCAGGAGUUGUUCAGACCCUUUGGUCAAGUGCAGAGAAUCUACCUGGCCAAGGACAAGAACACCGGCGCCGCCAAGGGGUUCGGGUUUGUUACCUUCCAGAGGAAAGAAGAUGCUGCUCUUGCCAUCCAGUCUCUUGAUGGUUUUGGUUACGAUCAUCUCAUUCUCAGCUUGGAAUGGGCCAAAACAGCAGCCACAGAGAGAACGGAUGGAGAUUCCCGAGACAGUUACGAUCGGUUCGGGGAAAGAGUGAAGACGUACGAGCCUGCGCUUUGGAAGGGCAAACCCAUUUCCCCGUUCUCGGCCGCACUGCACGGCUGGCGGCUGGUCGACAAGGAUCUCCUGGGCUGCGUGACGUGCGACAGAGUCGUCUCCGCCCAUCUCCCCUGCCCCUCCAGGGUCCAACUUCAUCAGAGUUGCAGCAGAUGGCUGAAGGAGAAGCUGAGAGACAAAGGUCAUGAGAAAGAGUGCCCAUGGAGAGGGUCUCCAUGCCCCCAAGACUUCCUGAAUGUCCCAAUCCUUUCCAAAAAUGACAGGGAACUCGUCUCCGCCUUGUCAUCUCGGUGCUCACACUUGGCAGCUCUGCCCACCUUGGAGCACCUCACUGUCCUUGGUGCAGGUGAAGGACUGUCAGAGGUCAUGGAAGCAGUUGAAGCACUGGACACGAGUGAGAAAAAAGCAGCCACAUUGGCUUUGUUCGGAUGGGAGGCAAGAGAGAGCACUGUGACAUGCGACCUCUGCUCUCGGGUUGUGGACCCCAUGUUGCUUCCUGGUUCGGGAGACUCCCAUGACUUCCAUGCCAUGAAUCAGCAUCAGUAUUGGUGCCCUUGGAUUCGAGGGCCUUCCCCCUUGGACCAGGAAGCUGUCGAGGAGGAACACUGCGGGUGGAAGGAAGCGGUGAGUCGUGUCCUCGCCUGGAAGAAUGGAAGGAAACGCAAGAGACCCUCUGUUUCUGCCUCGUGGCAGGAAACCCGAGAGGACCUGAAGCGCUUGCAUCAUUCUCUCUCUCCAUGCUGAUAAGAACACAACAGCUGACUUUCAAAAACUAUUUAUUUUCCAAGUUCAGCAGG